AAAUAAUUAGAUCAUAACCCCCCUUCCUCCCGUCGCCGAUUCCUAUCAUCCCCGGAAGAGCGCCACACCGGCAUUAGUUCGUACUUUAUACCUGCGAUGUUGAACACUUUCCAGCUGCUUCUCGUGGGUUAUUUGGUUCCUGCUGCUCUUGGCCAGACUGCGGUGAUAUCGGUGACUACAUCGGGGCCACCCAACUUUUUUACCGACCUUCCGGGACCCGCGAUUACUGACCUUGUACCUACUACGACGAGUAGCCUCGAUGGAGGACCAUCGGUGUCUGGUUCGAGUGGGAAUAUUGGGUGGGGUUCGUCUACGUUGUUAAAUGAAACUCCUUCUGGUUUUCUUACGACGACUCGUUCAAGUUGGACUGUGGCUGUCACGAGCGCCCCGGAACCCGCGAGUACCCAACCCUGCAAUUUACACGCCGAGUUUUGUACUCGGCGGUAUAGCGAUAUCACCUAUAUUGGGGCUCAUGGCUCGCCGUUUGUGAAGGAAUACAGUCUUGCAGAUAAUCAGAAUUUGGAUGUGAAGGCUCAGUUGAAUGAUGGUAUACGUAUGCGUAUGUGUACUCGCUUGCUGUCCCCCCUCUUGAAUUUGUACUGAGGAGGAAAUAGUUCAAGGGCAGACACACAAGGAAAACGGAACUCUGCACUACUGUCAUACAAGGUUGGUCUCUAGAGAUUCCCUCUGUCUAGGAGAUUCAACUCACUUACCAAUCCGCACAAUAGCUGCGGUCUGCUCGAUGCUGGGCCAGUUGAGCACUAUUUAAAAACAGUCGUGGAAUGGCUGCGAGACAACCCUUUUGAAGUUGUCACCAUCGUAAUAGGGAAUGGUGACUUCCUUAACGUCGGAGAUUACAAGGAACCUUUGGAAAGAUCUGGUUUGGCGGAACUUGCGUAUGUUCCCAAGGAACGGAACAUCAGAAUAGCCCAAUGGCCAACCCUCUCGGAGAUGAUCCAGACGGGUAUGUACGAUGCCUCUGAGCAGCUCGAGCGCACUGAGUGCUGACCUUUAGCAGGCAAGCGAGCUGUGGUAUUCAUGGACUAUAAAGCCGAUGAGGGCACCAUACCCUAUAUUUUGGAUCAGUUUAAAUACAUGUGGGAAACACCAUUCUCGCAAACGGAUGAAAAUUUCCCCUGCACGAUUGACCGGCCUCCGGAACAGCCCAAGAACGACACACAAGGAAAGCUAUACAUGGCAAAUCAUAAUCUGAAUACGGAAUUUUUAAUUGGGGGAAAAAAGAUUUUGGUCCCCAACACUGUUGACCUUGAUCAAACCAACGGAGUGUCAGGGUUUGGAUCAUUAGGCCUCAUGGCGAACAAUUGCAGAGGUUUGCUCCUCUCUAUUUCUGGGUGGAUGGCACGGCUAACAAGGAUGGUAGCUGAUUGGGACCGGUACCCAAAUAUUCUUCUAGUCGACUUCUACGACGUCCCAAAAGGCUCCGUCUUCGAAGUCGCCGCUAGAGCAAACAAUGUUUCAUUGGGUGGCGGAUGCUGUGGGAAGAAAAAGUCCACUGCGCCAAUACUGGCGAAGGCCACGGGUUUGCUUUUGCUCCUCCCAACUCUCGCAAUGCUUUUUUGUACUAUUUUCUAGUCAGGUAUAUCGUGGGAAGGCGUGUUUUUUCUUUUUCUUUUCGUUCUUUGUUUAUCAUCAAGGCUUCGGCAUAAAGCGACCUCAUUGGGGUGUUUUUCAUUUUGAGGCGCAGAGCUGUCCUUUUGUGGUUAUGGAUUUCGAGUAGGUUGGGUACUGCAUGCAUAUUGGCUAUGCACACUUUUUGGAUUUUGGGAUCGGGUCGCGGAAUGGCGAAUGUACAUUGGCAGACCAGAAGGACAUGGAAGGCCCCUUCAUUAGAAGGCUUUACAGUUCUAUUUGGAGGGAUUUUGUACUGGGCUCUUUGGGGGUUUAAUCACAGGCGGCCAUUCGAGUGAUUACCAGCAAAAUUUCCAUUUGAGCAUGGUAAAUUUUUCUUCCUUUAAAACCGGUCAGGCUCUCUGUUACAUGAGGUAAAUUUCGCAUGCGCCCCCUGACCGAAAUUUUUAGCAGGGGCUGAAAUAUACUAUUCUCGCACAAUAACAGCAUGUCUACCUGCCUACUUACCUACCCUACUACCCUACCUCACAAUCAUCAUGAAAUCACUCCCGGAAGACCUCCUUUCCCCGCUAGGCUAGCCGAAGAGUGGUGGCCCGAAUUACUUCUCCGUUCCGUUGAAACUGCGAUGCAUAACUUGGAACAUAUCAUGUCAGGAAGCCUGACCAUCCUCCCCCCCUUCCAUUCUCCGGGAAAAGUCUGGGUGCGGGGGUGGGAGUUAUUUGAGAAGCACUCCCCCCCAAUUCCCUCGUCCUGGAGGUACCUUAGAUGUGAGUGCAGAAGAGAGGAAAUUAGAGGCUGAUAGCACUGAACGCCGUGCGAUUAGCCCAGUUUGUAUCACAUUCUAUAAUUAAAUAUUGCAAGUAGUGUUGUUAUCGAUAAGCAAGGCGUUGCUCGAGGGCAGAAAAAAAGCAAGUUUGUAUGAGAUGGCGGUAAUUUUAGAACAUGGUAAGUUACCGUACAGUAUUGUGUUGCUGCGCCAUUUGUACCUGUACGAGUACCGCAAAAACUCGCCAAACUCGCUAUGCAGGGAGGAGAAUUUUGGCACUAAUGUGUGGCAAUACAGCCAAGAUCGUUCCAGUGACCAACCUCUUUUCUCUUAGCUGAUGAGACCAGCAUCAUUAUUACAGUAUUUUAUUUAGGAACCGGCACCGAUAUACAGCUAUUCUCAGGUGUUAUUGUCAUUUUCCGUCAUUUCUCAGGGUAAAAAAGCUCCUAUCCAGUCCCUAGCGCCAAUACCUGCAUAGCGAGUUUGG